AUGGCGGCGGUGACUGCUUACAUGUAUCAAGCUCAGGCGUUGAUGAGGGACUACUUGCUAGCUGAUCCACUCGUUCCGUACACCUCUGUGCUCAUUGGCAUUGUCCUCUGCAAGAUGGCUUAUGAUUUCACUCGAAUACUGAGCUCCUUUUAUUUCAAGGGCUAUACUUCAUUGACAAAAAUACAGCGCAUCGAAUGGAACAAUAGGGGUAUGUCCAGCGCACAUGCAAUUUUUAUCACGGCUGUAUCAUUAUAUCUUGUCAUGUCGACUGAUCUUUUCUCCGACCGCAUCAAGGGACCUAUUACAUUCCGUAAUUCAAUAAUAUCCACUUCUGCAUUAGGGGUUUCUGUUGGCUACUUCAUCACUGAUCUUGCAAUGAUCUUCUGGCUGUAUCCUUCCCUUGGUGGAAUGGAAUAUGUCCUCCACCAUACUCUUUCCUUGGUUGCGAUAGCUUACACGAUGUUGUCUGGGGAAGGACAGUUUUACACAUACAUGGUUCUCAUUUCAGAGACAACCACCCCUGAGAUCAACUUGAGAUGGUUUCUUGACACUGCUGGACUGAAGAAAUCAAAUGCUUAUUUGAUUAAUGGAAUUCUGAUGUUUGUUGUAUGGCUGGUGGCAAGGAUAUUUUUGUUCGUGUAUGUAUUUUACCACAUCUAUUUGCACUACAGUCAGAUAAUGCAGAUGCAUGCCUUUGGGUACUACUUGACAUUUGUUGUGCCAUCAGUGCUCUUUGUAAUGAACACAAUGUGGUUCAUGAAGAUCUUAAAAGGUGUGAUGAAAACACUGGCAAAAUGGCCAUGA